GUCGUUGGCCAGAGAGCUCGCAGUAUAAGGAAUCCUCCUGUGUUGAGUAGGACUUGGGUGUUCAGUACUGUUGGUGUGGCGAAGAUUACAAUGGCCAGUUUGGAACCUGUUGGUGGAGUGCACAAUCCUUCCUUCGUGGGAGACGAUGGUGAUUCUCAGGGUCCAGCCGCCAAGUCAGUCGACGGCGGGCCUGCUACAGAAGCGUCUCCCCGGCAGGUUUUGACGAAGGAGGAAAAACAAGUGAAACAGGUCAUUACGAAAAAUCUCCUCCUUAUCUCCCUGGCUUUCACGUUUCAGUUCACAAGUUACAACUCUAAUAUCAAUCUGCAGUCCUCUCUCAAUAAGGUACACGGCACGGCGGGCAUGACCGCUCUGUACAUCGGCAUGAUCAUCUCGUGCAGUUUCCUUCCUUCUCUGGCGAUCAACAAACUCAGGGAGAAAAACACCAUUGUCCUUUGCAUGCUGUGCUUCCUGCCCUACAUGGCCGUGCAGAUGUAUCCCAACGUCUUCCUUCUGGUGCCCGCGGGCUUCCUGCUCGGACUCGCCGCCGGGCCCCUGUGGUCCGCCAAGUGCACCUACCUCACCAAGGGUGGCACCAAGUACGCUGACAUGCAAAACAAAGAGAGGAAACUGACUAUUAACCGUUUUUUCGGGAUCUUCUUCUUGUUCUUCCAAUCGACGCAGGUGUGGGGCAAUGUCAUCUCUUCUACAGUGUUGUCAGUGGGCAUCGAAGAGGAACACAAAACAGAAGAUAAUUUAAUGGUGUGCGGGUACCACUUCUGCCCGUGGGAUGAACACGCCCAUACCACGAUUACCAACAACUCUGAUACCAAAGAAGUCAUCCCACAAUGGCAACGGUACACCAUGUCUGGGAUUUAUCUUGGAUUUGUCGUCCUCUCGGCCCUUAUCGUCCUAAUAUUCGUCGAUCCGCUCGAGAGUUUCGAUAAGGGGCAGAGGUUGGAGGUGAGCAACAAACAGCUGAUCGUCAACACUUUCAACCACGCGCGUCACCCUUAUCAGCUGCUGAUUAUUCCCCUGACAAUCUGGUCCGGGGUCGAGCAGGAGUUCCUCUCUGCGGACUACACUGCUGCCUACGUCUCGUGCGGCCUCGGCGUGCACAUGGUCGGCGCCACCAUCAUAUGCUACGGAGUAUGCGAUAUGCUGUGCAGUCUGGGCUUCAUCCCCCCUCGUCCGAAGGCUCGGCCGCGUCCCCGUCUUCAGCCUCGGCGCGCUGUUAACGUGGGCGUUAUUAUCACCCUGAGGUUCUGGACGCCGGGACCCGAUGACCUCGUUCUGUUCUUCGUCCUGGCCGGGCUGUGGGGCGUGGCGGACGCCGUGUGGCAGACGCAGAUCAAUGCGCUCUACGGCGUGAUCUUCCCCGGCCAAUCGGAAGCUUCCUUCAGCAACUACCGCCUGUGGGAGUCGCUGGGCUUCGUCAUCGCCUACGCCAGCAGUACCGUGCUCUGCGUGGACUCAAAGGUCACCAUCCUCUUGGUCUUCCUCCUGCUGGGGAUCCUUGGCUAUUACGUGAUCGAGGUCCUCGAGAGAAGCGGAGGGCUGAGGAAGGACAGAGAGGGGCGGGUGCUGGGCGUGGAUCGACUUGUCUUGGGGAGUUAUUGAGGAUAUAUAUGUAUAUAUAAAUAUAAAUAUAUUUUUUUUGUCGUUCUUUGCAUUUUAACAUUUUAUCUUUCUCUCAAUCUUGUUUUUAUUUUUUUCCCCUAAGUUUCACUUGUAUUCUUUGUUUGUUUUCUCAUUUGUUUGUCUUUGUUUCUUUCUUUUUGUAGGUUACUUUUUCUUUUGAUCUAUUUUUAGCUUCCACUUUAUUCUCGCUCCUUUCUCUUUGCCUUUAUCUUUCACUCCAGUUUUUCUCAUUCGUUUCCCUUUUC